AUGCAAUCAUAAAAAAGAGGACAAUAACACAAACAAGGAUAUCAAGCAGAUUUAAAUAAAUAUUUUGGAAAGAGAUUAAAAAUUAAGUUAAAUGCAAAACGAACAAUUAUUGGUACUGUGAUUGGAUUUGAUAUUUUCAUGAAUCUAGUGCUUGAUCAUUGCAAAGAAUUGAUUCCAGGAUAAGGAGCAGAGAAUAAAGAUAAUCUUUAUCCAGGCUUUUCAAAUGUCACAGAUCAACUAGUUGAUAUUGGAUAAGCAAUUGUGAGAGGCAACUCAAUAAUUAUGUGGGAAUGUUUGGAUAAAGUUAAAGACUGA